UUAAGUGCAGUUCCAGCUUAUAGCGUUCUGUUCUGUCAAAGUGGCGUUUCGAGACUGUUCAGAAACGGUGAAAAUUCAGGGCGCGAGAGAAACAGGAGUGGCCCUUCACUGAAUUCUGUCGUAAUUUACAGCUGGAAGCCAUGGAGGACUAUCUGCCAAAUGAAUACGAUGUCGUUGUUGUAGGGACAGGUAUGACGGAAUCCAUUGUUGCAGCAGCAGCAAGUAGAAUUGGGAAAAAAGUUCUUCACUUAGACAGUAAUGAAUAUUAUGGAGGCUUAUGGGCAACAUUUAAUUUUGAUGGUCUGCAGAAAUGGAUAGAUGAUUUGAAAGUUUCUGGAAGUAAUGCCAAAAAUGCAUUUAAUCUAGAUUUAAAACCUGAAGAACAGUUUUUAGAAGCUAGUAAUCAAUAUUCUACUGUUGAAAAUAUUGAACAAACUUGGUUUAUUUCAAAUGAAGUAGAUUUACCAGUAGUUUCUUCAAAAGAUACUCAGACUGAUAAUGGAGAUAACAGUGGUAGUGGCGAUGAAAAAGUAGAUGAUGAUAAAAUUGAAAAGAAAGAGAAUGUAAAACAGUGGAGCAUAGAUCGUAUAAGCAACGAAUACAGAAAAUUUAAUAUUGAUCUGGCACCAAAGUUGCUAUUUGCACGUGGUGAACUAGUUGAGCUCUUGAUUUCUAGUAACAUUGCUCGUUACGCGGAAUUUCGUGCUGUGUCAAGAGUAGCAACAUUUAUGGAUGGAAAAUUAACGCAAGUACCUUGCUCAAGAGCUGAUGUAUUUGCAAAUAAAACUGUUAGCGUUGUCGAAAAAAGAAUGCUAAUGCAAUUGCUCACUUCAUGCAUGGAGCAAGGCGCUGAUAGUCCAGAAUUUGAUGGAUUCCGUGACAAGACCUUUUUAGAGUAUUUAAACACAAAAAAUUUGACACCAAUCGUGCAGCAUUAUGUUGUUCAAGCAAUUGCUAUGGCCACUGAAAAGACUUCCUGUAGGGAUGGUGUAAAUCGUACAAAGCAUUUUCUGAAUAGUCUUGGACGAUAUGGAAAUACACCUUUUCUUUGGCCUAUGUAUGGUAGUGGUGAAUUGCCUCAGUGCUUCUGUAGAUUAUGUGCAGUAUUUGGAGGUGUCUACUGUUUAAAGAGGCAGCUUGAUGGCGUAAUAAUAAAUAAGGACAAGUGCAAAGCUAUUAUUAGCGGCAAACAAAGAAUAAGUUUAGAACAUCUGAUUGUUGGUCAAGGUCAUUUGCCGCCAGAAAUUGUUGCUUCUGAAGGAGAACAACGAAUAUCGCGUGGAAUUUUUAUAACUGACAGGUCAAUUAUGCAAGGUGAAAAAGAGAACUUAACACUUUUAUAUUAUCCUCCAGAAGAACCUGAUCAAGAACCUGUUACGGUGAUUGAAUUAGGACCAUCUACAAAUGCUUGUCCUCAAGGACUCUUCGUGGUUCAUAUGACAUGCAAACGAACAACAAAUGCGAAAGAAGAUUUAAGCUAUGCAGUUAAUAAGUUUUUAAAAGCAGAGCCACUUGAUCCAUUGGCUACCCGUUCAUCUAUUCAUAGCCAUACGCAGACUGUUUCUCCAGAUAAAAGACACAUUCAGGAGGGUGAAGAAAACAACAAGGAAGAACCUGCUGAGAGUACAAAGCCUCAGGUUUUGUGGUCAUUGUACCUAAAUCUACCUGCGAGUGACAUUAAAUUAAAGGAUUCUGCGCCAACUAAUCUUCAUCUUUGCUCUGGUCCAGAUUUGGAACUUGAUUUUGAUUUUGCUGUCAACCAGGCGAAGAGCAUCUUCAAGUCAAUGUAUCCCGAAGAAGAUUUUCUUCCUCGCGCACCGGAUCCAGAAGAGAUCGUACUUGAAGGUGAAGAAGCACCAGGACCGAAGUUUGAAGGUGAUACAGAGGCUGAAGAAAAACAGGAUAUUGAGAAGGCUGAGAAAGAGGAUUAAGAUAUCUUUUUCCAUCUUUUCAUCUUGAAAAAUACAGGCCAAUUCCGUUAGCCGCACACCUUUUUCUAUUCGAAGUUCUUCGCGCAUUUUUCUUUGAAAAUUGGAGAAUUUUUAUCCGAAUAAUUGACGAACUAAUUUUUACGAAGAUGAAUUAUCAUUUAUAUAAGUAAACAGUGAUAAAUAUUAUAGUAAAUAAUUUUAACACUUUGACUGUUACGUUGAAAUCAUAGAAUAUUCUGUCACCAGUGAUUUCGCUCUUAAUAAGUUUCUUAGAUACACUUAGUUCUUUCUAGUACUUGUACAUUCAAGUACUUAGCAAAGUUAUUCAUAAUUGUGUAAUAGUUUUCCACAAACUGGAUAUAAAAUGAGCGAUUUUGUGGAAAUUUAUGCAUUAUGCAGUAAUAAAUAUCGUGACAGUCAAAAUGUUUAUCUAAAUGGUUAUUUAAAUAAUAUUAUAAGAUAUAAGUUUAUUUAUUACGAGAUAAAUGAUCGAGAUAUUCUUUUGUCUAGCAGUUUUUGUAGAUGAAAUUGUCUCUUCAGCAAGAAAUUUUGUUUCGUCGAAUAUUUAAAAAAUUGCUCGUAAAUUUUUCGAAUAACAUUCCAAUAGACUAGCGCUGAAGUCUGCAUUACACUCGCUCUUUUAUUGAAUUAUGGACCAAUUGGCCGAAAGCAUUCGCUUUUCUUUCUUUUUUUGGUCAAAUUUUGGAUUUGUGUUGAACUUUGAGGAAGCGAAAUGUAGCUUUAUAAUAUAUAAGAGAUUAAAAUUACUACUAAACGUAGAAUUUUGACUGAAUUAAGUAGGUAGUUUUUGUAAAUUAAUCUCUUAAUCAUCUCGAAUUAAGUUUAAAAUUAAUUUCAAAUUUAUUAUUUCCUGUUGUGAUUGAGUUUUAACAUAGUGGAGAUAAUUAAGGCCUACGUAAUAUUGAUUAUAUUUUAUGAAUUACCAAAUUUUUGAGAAUUCAGUGGUUAUAAUAUAUUAAUAAAAUUCUGAUUGAUUUUAUAUUGUAUAUGCAAAGACACGUGUACAUCAUUCUGUGUUACUCUAUUAUACAUCAAUAAUAUAAAAAACUAUUGUAAUGCCUUUUAUCGAAUGGUUAAUAUCAUUAACCAUUUAGUAUUAUAUAUCGUUAGUGUAUUUAUUAUGCAUUGUAUUACAUAGCAUAGUUUAUUCGUUAUAUACUGUUAGUAUAAGAACAAAUUUACACCGUGAAAAACUAAUCGUUCCUCGACUAUUUAUUUGUAUUUGUAAGUUAUUUCGCUAGUUACUUAAUUAUGUGUUAUUAAUUUUUAUAUUUGCUAACAUCACGCAUUUUUUGUUACACGUUUUUAUGAAUUUUUUUGUUUUUUUUUUUUGAUCAUUCUAAAAUAAUUUUUAUACAAUAUAUUAUCAGUUUUAUAUCAUUAUAUACUUUUAUAUUCACCAGUUUUAUUUAAUACUUAAUACCGCUACGCACUACUAUUUAUUUAUUUAUUUCGAUUUCUUUUCACUUACAUUCAAUGUUUGAUCUUUAAAUAAAACAUAUUUCACUGAUUGUAUUAUUGUUUUGAAAAAAAAAA